GCUUUGCUGUACCUCAUCACCCUAUUAGACCCUAUCGUAAGGGGGGACUACGUUAUCGCAUAUUUCCAUACUUUGACAUCAAGCAAUAAUUACCCUUCUUUCUCUUGGCUCAAAGAAGUGUACAAUGUUCUGCCAUACAAAUAUAAGAAAAAUUUGAAGGCAUUCUAUGUUGUUCAUCCUACUUUCUGGACAAAGAUGAUGACAUGGUGGUUCACAACAUUUAUGGCACCUGCAAUAAAGCAAAAGGUUCACAGCUUGCCAGGUGUGGAGUAUUUGUAUUCAGUAAUGUCACGGGAACAACUUGAAAUUCCCGCAUUUAUUACCGAAUAUGAUAUGACUAUCAAUGGAAUAAGAUACUUCCAACCAGAGGCUCCUUCAUAAUUGACUAGGGAACACUCUUCAAUGGAAUUGAGUGGUAUAACCCAGUGAUAAGUUGCAAUAUAUUUUUGACUAAGCUUAAAACAAUUGUACAUGUGCCAACUGGUUAUUUGUUAGGAUAAGCUUAAUGAUAAUGAUAAUAUGAACCCCGCUGCCUUCGUUUAUUUUGUCACAAAAAUAACACUUUUGAUGGAGAUUGGUUUUGACCAUACCUACACUGUAAAUAUAUAUAUAUAGUUUCAACAUUCGUUAAAAAGUGAAUGUAUUGCUAUAUUUUUCAAAUUUAGUUCAAAUCAAUUUAUAGUUUUGAUAUUGGACUAUUACUGUUUCCUGAUUCAUAUUGUAUUAUUAAUCAUUUGAUCACCAUCUCCAAAAGAAGUCUAGCAAUUGAAACCAACCUUCAUUGUAAAAUAUGAUAUGUGAAAUAUGUUAAGUUUGAACAUUCAUAUACGAUGUUAUUAUGAAAAUAUUUUGAAAUUGUUGAUAUGUCCCUAUUUUAUUCUAGUUGGAUAAUCCUUAGUUUUUAAGUCAGUAGCAUACAUACUAUAUGAAUACAAACCAGUAGGGUAAUCACAGUUGAAUAUUCAUACAAAUGAUCUUUGAGUUGUUACUUUUUUUCACUUAAUUCUUGCAAAUUUGUAGUGUUGCAUCAAAGUGGAAUUAUUGCCUUUUAUUUGUUGAGUAGAAAGCAAUAGUGCUUUUGUUUCGUGAAUAUUGUGAAGACCGAAUAUGUAUUUAUGAUUCACAACUGGGAGGAUGAAAACAUUUGGGGUAUUCAAAAUUCUAAUUAUUCAAUGAAAAUAUUUUUAUAAUCCCUGUUUGAGGUACAAACAAUUUGGUAGUGACUUGUUUUUUCAUCAUUCCUUCAGAAAAUAUUUUCAAUUAAUUUUCAUUUCUUUUUCCAAAAUUAUAUGUCAUCUCAAAGUUAUAACACUUGAUCAGUAAUAUUCCAAACUAAGGUAUAAGUAGAAAAACUAAUGAUUUGACUUUGAUUUUAUAAAGCAAUUCUUCCUUUAAUUAUUGACUCAACCAUAACCCCUGAAUUACAUUUGCAUUUUAUUAUUAUAUCAUAUAUUCAAGCAUAACCUAACUCAUGUGCAUUCUUCAUUAACUUUGGUAAAAAAAUAUCAAGUAAAUUUUGAUAAUAGUGACAUUCACCUUCAUUGGAGUUGAUUAUCUUGUAAAUUUCUCCAUUAUAAUUGCAAAUAUAAAAAUUGUUCAAGGACUUCCAAUGAUUUUCAUCUAAUUGUACAAUUCUCUGAGCUUUUUUGCAAUAGGAAUACUAAUAAUAAAUGUUUCCCAAAUUAUGUGACAUUCAAUUUUCAAAUUAUUUUCAACUACUUAUUGCGUAUUUCAAAAUAAACUUAUUUUUUACCAUUAUUUGCCACUUGUCACAAAUUUAUUUUUCAUAAAGAGAGCCAAACAAAAAUGUUACAAAAUAAGUAAUCAGAUAUGAUGAAACAUUUACCGUGUUGUUAAUAGAGGACCACUCAAAUCAAAUUGUUUUGUUAUUUUUUAAUCUUAUUCAAUUAUUUCAAAAGACUAUUUUAAUAAAGGCUGAUUUCGAUCAGCUGAUAGUUUCAGCUGUUUUCAACUGGUAUAUUUUAUAUGAAAUUUCAUUGUUGUUCUCAUGAAAUGUAAAAGUUGCAAAAUAAACUGUUACUGCAAAUAAAGUGAACCAAAACCAUUUAUUUGUAAAUUCAUCCUGACAAUUGCAAAAAUGCACAUGACUAAUUUAUUAUUUGACUAUAUAAAUGACAAUGCUGGGAGUGUUGUUACAUUCAAUAUUUCCAGAUAAUUAGACUUUCUAAAAUACAUAUACUGGUUUAUUUUUCACACUAGUAAUACACUGUCCAUCUUG